CUGAUUCUCGUUCUUGUCCAAAUUACAGAAAUUCGACAGAGAAACUCUCUACAUCGACAAAGUUUUUCCUGAUUCGACAGAGAUGAGGACGGCGGCAUUUUCACCAUCAAACCAUUGGAACGCCACCUUCCGGAACUCCCAUUUCACCACACAACGUUCUAAAACCAACGCUGACCCAUUUCUUUUCAACACCAAGAACCCUUUGAAUCACCGUCAAGUUCAUCCACCAUUUCCUUCCUUCUCCAUAAACCCCUCAAAAAACCCACCAAUACCCAUUUCUCAAGAUCCCAACUUUCACCCGCUGCCGUUAGUGGUCGUCGGAUCCGCGAACGCCGAUAUAUAUGUUGAGAUUGAGCGGCUGCCGAAUGAGGGAGAGACGAUCUCGGCCACCUCCGGUCAGACCCUAGCCGGCGGCAAGGGCGCGAACCAAGCCGCUUGCGGCGGGAAAUUGCGUUAUCCGACUUAUUUCUUGGGCCAGGUUGGCGAAGACGCUCACGGGAAGCUGGUUUCUCAGGCACUCGAGGAUAGUGGGGUCAAUCUUGAUCAUCUUAACAUCGUGAGUGGGACGCCCACUGGGCAUGCGGUGGUGAUGUUGCAAUCUGAUGGGCAGAACUCGAUCAUCAUCAUCGGUGGGACCAACAUGUGCUCUUGGCCUGAGGUUUUGCCUGAUGAGGACUUGGAGCUCGUGAAGAAUGCUGGGAUUGUUCUGCUCCAGAGGGAAAUUCCUGAUUUUGUCAACAAUCAAGUCGCCAAGGCUGCAAGGAGCGCAGGUGUUCCAGUCAUUUUGGAUGCUGGGGGAAUGGAUACACCAAUUCCUCGUGAACUUUUGAGCUCUGUUGACAUAUUUAGCCCAAAUGAAACCGAGCUCGCUCGCCUAACUGCAAUGCCCACGGAAAGUUUCGAACAAAUCUGCCAAGCCGUAGCAAAGUUUCACGAAAUGGGAAUUAAGCAAGUAUUACUAAAACUUGGGGACAAAGGCUCUGCUUUGUUCAUAGAAGGAGAAAACCCAAUCAAGCAACCCAUCAUAAAAGCAAAGAAGGUCCUCGACACGACUGGAGCUGGUGACACGUUUACUGCUGCUUUUGCCGUGGCUCAUGUCGAGGGCAAAUCGAAAGCAGAGUGCCUCAGAUUUGCCGCGGCAGCAGCUGCCCUCUGUGUCCAAGCAAAGGGCGCCAUUCCUAGCAUGCCGGUUAGAGAAUCGGUUUCAGACCUUCUGCAGUCUCUCUGAAGAUUUCGACAUUAGACAGUCUUCACAAUGUAACGUAUGGAACAAUAGCAGAGUGUUUUUUAAUAAAGAGCUGAUGAGGAGCAAGCCGACAAUGAUUUUUUGUAGAUAAAAGAAAGAUGGCAUGCCCACUUUUGACUGUGCUGGAAGUACAGGGGCAUCUAAGCACUGUUACUGUACACUAAACAAAUAAUUAACUGCUUGCUAAAAUGAACAUUAUUUGUAUUGGUGACUUUGCAUCUAAAAAGCUACAUGUUGCUGUGUUCUAA